GUGACACCCAAAUGACGAUGAUACGAAGAAGAAAUAUGUGAUAGACACUCCACACGUACAUACAGAGGGGGGAGAGAAGAGACAGAGAGAGACCUGCUUCUGUUGUAGAACACCUUACCUAUCUUCUCUCUUCCUCUCGAGGUGAGUGAUUGGGGAGAUUGAGUAGCGAACCAAAAUGGAGAAAGCUCUGACGAAAGUGGGGAGCCUAAAAGCAGGUACAUUCUGGGUUUCCAAGAAAGCCAAAGAAGAGAUCUCCAACAUCUCCCAAGACCUCUCGACUUUGUCGAACACUGUUGAAGAGAAGGCCAAAUGGAUAUUCAACAAGCUGAAAGGCAAGCCAGCGAAAGCCUUGCCAGAUCUCCUUCGAGAGUACAACCUUCCUCCUGGCCUCUUCCCCCACAACAUAACCUGUUAUGAGUUUGAUGAGUCAAAGAGCAAGCUCAUUGUGUACAUGCCCUCUGUCUGUGAGGUCUGCUUCAAGGACUCAUCUGUUGUGAGGUACGCCACUCGUGUCAAAGGCACAUUGUCACGAGGCAAGCUCGUGGGAAUAGAAGGAAUGAAGACGAAGGUGCUGGUAUGGGUUAAAGUCACCGGUGUGGCUGUGGAGAGCUACAAAUCUGACAAAGUGUGGUUCACUGCUGGCGUGAAGAAAUCGAGGCCCAAAGAUGCUUAUGAAAUGCCUCGCGGUGCCACAAAAGUAGAAGAAUUUUGAGCUUAUAAGAAUUGAAAAUGGCUUCAAGUCGUGUUACUCUGGGUUAUGUUUCAUAAUUGCUCUGUGCAUGACAUUAUUCUUUGGUGCAUUCCUCAGUUGCCUAUGUUAAUAGUUUUCGCAUUUAAGGUCAGUUGACAUGGACCAUAAAAUCAGGUAUCAUUUAGUAAUGUUUUUAGGUUUUGUUUUGUUGGGAUGAUUUCUUUUUUUCCUUAAUUAUUUAUGUUAACAACUUUAUUUACUCUUAUCAAUUCGUGG